AUGGCAAGUCCUUCCGAUACGAUCAUUAUUACCGACGACGAGGAACUACCAAGAACAGAGCCAGGUGGCUCACGAGCCCCUCGGAGGGCCCCACGCUGUGAUUACACUUACUCGGACUAUGAAAAAUUGUUCAAUGAAUCAAUUGAUGCGACCAGUACGAAUCCGCCACGCAAGCGUAGAAGAACCACAAUUGAUGGAACUUCUUCUAUCGUGGACAACGCUUUCAAGAAACUUAAACGUACAGUUGGCCAUGAGAUUGAGUUGUUACAAAUGGAAGUCGGAAUGCUUGGAAGUGAGCUUCGGGUGGAAAAAGAGAAGCGACAGAAGUUACAAGAGGAACUUUCUCAGCAGAGAAAACGAGCGCUAGAGUGCAUGAUCUGUUACACGCAGCCAGAUCGAUGGGUGACUCUUCUUUGUGGACAUUUGGUUUGCGAGUCAUGUGUAAAAGUUGUUGAGCCAACAAACAAAUGCCCUCUGUGCAGAGCAUCCUGUACGGGAUAUGUCAAGUGCUACCCAUUUGCCGGGUAA